AUGAAUAAGGACAACAUGUACCGUGGUGGUUGCAUGGUGUUGCUGCAGGCGAUUCUCACGCAGGCCUGUCGGACAAUUAUUGCUUUUUGUGUUGUCGCCGACAACGGCAUCCCUGCGAAUAGACGUCUAAUUGCCAUGGCGAGUUCUUAUGUCACAGCGUCCGAAGCGGCAUCUCUUAUUGAAGGCAUGGGCAAGCAUGUACUUUUGACGGCGGUGCAUCUCCUUUGUUGUGAAAAACAUUCUUACAGGGCCUGCCGGCAUUAUCAUGGAGAAUUUGCCGCUGCCGUUGGAGCUAUUCUGCAAGAGUCUUCCUUGCGUUCAAGCAUUCUUGCAGCCUUGACAGAAUUUAUUACGCGGAAAUGGAAGGGCAACGAGGAUUCAAUUCAUCCCUUGCUUCAGCGUGCCUUUUCAGUCAUCCCCGUCGAGUACCCGUCCACUCCCUCUGCCUCCGGGUCCUUGGCCGCUCCUCUGAUGCUUCUACUUCAGGUGUAUCCCGAGCUGGAGAGGGGUGGAACGUCGGCCGAAGUGGACUGCGGCUGCCCCCAUCCGUGGUUCCGAGAGAAUUUGCCGAUCGCGUUAUUGACUCUUUCAAUGGAACAACACGCCCAGAUGUGGCGGCGUACGUCACUUCUACGGAUGGCAUUCCUGCGCUGGCAGCAACGUCAUGGCAUGUACUUGUUGCGACGUCUUGCCGCCGACACCUCCUUCCCCCCUAUAGAAAUGACCGCACAGACCCCAAGCACGGUCCCUAGUGAACAGGCAGAAUGGCCCACGCCUCCGCGACCGCAGGAUGCAGAAUUGAAACAAGACCCAACAUGUGGUCAUAUAAACAGUAACAAAAAGAGCGGUGACAACAGCAAUAAGUCCAUGUUCAAAAAUUCUGUGAAAUUUUUAGAAAAAGAAAUUACAUCGUCGCAAGCAGCAGCAGGAUUGACAGAGGCUCCUGAAAGCAAAGUAAAUAUGUUUGCUGCAACGAUUACUAAUGACCCUUGUAAUGUUAAAUUAAUUAGGUCGUUACUUUCGGAGUGUGACAAGUUGGCUUCGGCGCGGCUUAAACGCCAGGCCUUUCAGACCUGGCACGACGUCCGCCUCGUGGAGCGUCGUGGCCUCCAACGUAUUUCUGCCCAGUGCAUGUGGCGAAGAAAACAGCUUUGUUGGGGACGCUGGAAGCACAAAAUGGAGCGUCAUCGCAUUGCCAAAAGGCAACAAUGCACGGAAGAGCAGUGUCAGAGCCUCAUGGAGAGGAAAAAGGAGCGUCUCAUGCAAGAAACUUGGACGUGCUGGAAGAAAUCCUUCUUGGUGAGGCGGUUUCGUACACACACAUGUGGACGCCGUUUCUUUGGAAUGUGGCGUCGGGCCCACAUCUUUAUGAUUCAUGCGCAAGGGAAUAUUUUUCCGCGGAUUGCAGAGCCUGCUCUUGCCGCACGUUGUCUGGAACAAUGGCGCGAUUCUUACCAUUUUCGCAUAGCGGAUCGCAUGUUCAUGCGGCGGACAUUUCUUCACAUGAAAAAUUGUUUUCGACGUCGAUUGGAAAUUUUUCAGCUUAACGAAAUUGCCAAGGCAUAUGCACGGCGAGCUCUACAGCAGCGUUGUUUGAAGAAAUGGUGCAAAACUUGUCGGCUGUUUCGUUUAUUUGUGCAAUUUACGCGGACAUUGGGGCGGCGAUUUCUUUGCCAGGCCCUAUUAACGUGGCGUCUUCGUUGGGUGCGAAGAACAAGCGGAGGUGAUCGCUUGAGGGCAUUUCUUGAGAUGAAGCAACAGCGUCUCAUCGUGUGCACGUUCAUGCAUUGGAAGAGGAAGACACACUUGAAGCAACUUCAUCAACAGCUAGUUUUCUGCCGGUUGCGACGUACAUAUCACAUGAUAUGGAACCGUUGGGUCCAACGAGUAAUUUUUCAUAGACGGCUAGAGCGGGAUCGUGCUGCAUUGGCUGUAUUUAUGCAUCAGCGGUUUUUGCUCUUUGGCACAUGGCGCCUGUGGCGAUGGCGUUGUAUGCGGCGUGAACAUGAUCGAUACGCCAUGGGCAAGGCUGCACUGAACUUCCGGGCGAAGACGUUGCGCGAGAAGCAGCUGCUGGCAAGGGUGUGGUUUACAUGGAAAGGCAAGACCCAUUUGUUGCGGCACCGGCGUCCCAUUGGAAUUUUUUCUUCUUCUAAAUCAAACGCAUAUAUUGGCGUCAAUCGCAGUUUUCCUCGAGCCAACAUGUCGACGAGCAGCUCUCCAUCUCGCCGCGGAGCAAAUAUUCAGGGCCUUUCCGUAUCGUUUGCGGAACGGCGCUUCAGCCCACCUCGCAGAGAUCCCUUGGCGUUACUGCGGGCGGAAAGAGUCUUGUUACGCGGUAUUGACUCACCGCAGUGGCAGUCGAUGGUUCAUUCGCGUCUGUUCAAUGCCAGUGGAAGCAAAAGCAGAAAUUUGAAUUGCCCGCAGGCGGGGAGGGGAAGUAAAGAAGAAGCGAUGACUAUCAUUAUGAUGCCAUCGGAUGUUGAGGAAGACAUCUCUCCAUCGGCUGACAACAGUCGCAUCUUGCCGUGA